AUGAAACUUUGGAGCUAUUUUCGUAGAAAACGAUGUGAAAUUAAACGUAUGAAACAAGAAAAACGGCUAACAGUACAAUUUUUCACAGGUUUUCGAAAAAAACAUGGGAUUUCCUGGUUUUCAUCUAGAUAAUUUAUGAUUUUCACGUAAUUCAUAUGUAACAACAAUUGUUAAACUCAAAAACCACAGGAAAUCCUUGAUACAAAAAAAACCUAAUUUUUUUACUAAUUUCUUGUUAAAAUCUUAUUUUCGCAGAAUCCUCCUGACUUCCCGAGCAACAAUAUAUUGUUCGCUACAUUUCUCAUAUUCUAGAACUCUCAAAAACCCCUUUACACCUCAUAAAACUCGAAAAAACCCAAAACUUCAGAAAAAAAAAUCAACAUCAAACCGUAUCAAAGGCGCGUCACAUAAUUUCCCGCGUCUCGCACCGAUCUACAGUACCCUGAGAACUCUUGACACGAUAUCACAUUGCGCGCUGUAAAUUUAUUUGUUUUCAUUCAUCUAUUUUUUCUUUUUUUUUCCGCAAGUGUCCUCUUUUUUGCGGUCGAUUCCCAUUCUCUUUCUACUCAUCAUUGCAAACCAAACACACUCAACUCUCUCCUCUUUUCUUCUUUUUUUAUUUUCUUCCCAAAAAGUCCGCAACGACAUCAUAAACGACGCUCAAUUGCACAAAAAGGGUCUUCUUGUUUUUUUUCCGACGACGCUAUGCGUUUUUCAACACUUUUGUAUUGUAUUGUAUAAUAAUAAUAAUGUAUUAUUCAUCGUCUAUUUUAUCAGACCGUUUGAUUUUUAUUUAAAUUUUUUCUCACUUGAAACAGGAAACCUUUUCUUUCUUUUUCUCCCGAUUUUAAUCGAAAUUUUGAUGAAAAAAGGAGAAAAGACAGAACAAAAAUAAUCUUAUAAUCCGCUAGAAAAUUCAGUAUUUUUCAGGCUUUUUUGCGUGCCCCGCCGAAGCUGAAGAAUCGAUGUGCAAACGCAUUUCGGCACUUUUGCCGGCCGCAAUUGCGUGGACUUUGAUUCUAGUUUGCUCGGCAUGUUUUUAUUGGUUUUUAACGCCGGCGUUAAUUGAUAAAUGGUCACUGUAAGUUACUUUAACCCUAUUUGAUCGUAAUCAGUAUGUUUAAAUUUUCUAUGAAACUUAGAUUUUAUAGAAAAUCUAGUUGAAUUUUUAUUGCACAUGAAAUUAUAAUUUCAAAAAAAAAACUAACCUAAAAUUAAAAUCAAUUUGCAGAUGUGGCUUGGCAUUUAUAGGCUUCGAUUUUCUAAUUUUUUUGAUGGUUGUUUCAAACUUGGCAAUGGCAAUGUGCCUCGAUCCAGCUAUUCAUCCUUAUGGUAAAUUUUGAUUCCCAAAUUAAUUAACUAUAUAAUUUUUCAAUUCAGCAAUCGGGUCUGAAGAACCAUCACAAAUAGAUGAUUUAAGAGCUCCGCUCUAUAAAAAUGUGGAUAUAAAUGGAAUCACUGUGCGGAUGAAAUGGUGUGUAACUUGCAAAUUUUAUCGACCGCCCAGGUCGAGUCAUUGCAGUGUUUGUAAUCGGUAAGAACAAUUUAGCGGAAUGGGUUUGAUGGAAAUUUGUUUGAAAAAAGAUUUUUAAUUGAAAUUUUGGUCAAUUUUAGCCCGCGAAUUAUGUAUAUUUCGGGAAAUUUCAGAUAUUUUCAGUGUAGAAAACUUGAAUGUUCAGAAAUUUGAAAAUUCAAAUAUUGUAUUGAAAAACCUUCAGAUUCUGAUUGAAAAUCUCUUGUUUUUCAGAUGCAUCGAAACAUUUGAUCAUCAUUGUCCAUGGGUUCAUAACUGCGUGGGAAAAAGGAAUUAUCGGUCAGUUUUUUUCAAAAUAAUCAGUAAAAUUUGAAUUCCAAUUCCCAAUUUUUGCAGAUAUUUCUUCUUUUUUCUAUGCAGUUUAAGUCUUCAUAUGAUAUAUGUAUUUUCAAUAUGUUUAACAUAUGUUUGGUUAGCUGAUAGCAAAACAUUGGAACCUCCAUAUUUGUGCUCAUUUGUCCUAUUGGCUCUUUGUGCAAUUUUGGCUGUUCCAGUUAUUGGACUCACUGUUUUCCAUUUAAUUUUGGUUGGAAGAGGAAGAACAACUAAUGAACAGGUAAACAGUUUUUGGAAAUUUGUGCAUUUUCGAUAUUUUUUGAAUAAAAAAAUAUGCCUAAAUUAUUCUGAAAAUAAUAGAUUUUUCCCUGAUCAUUGCUUACCAAAUGUGAAACCUGAAAUUUGACUUUUUUUUUAAACCUCUUUUUAAAGGAAAUUUUCCAAAGAAAAAAAAUUGAAAAGCUUUUUUCAACCUUCAAAAAUUCCCGUUUUAUUUUACAGGUUACUGGGAAGUUCCAAUCCGGCUAUAAUCCAUUCACAAUUGGUUGUAUUGGAAAUUGCAAAAAGACACUGUGUCCCAGCCAGUUUCCAGCGUAAGUUUUUUGAUUGAAAAUGCUAGAAAAUUGUUCAAAGUUUUACCAGAAAUGUCUGAAAAAUACGUUUGUUUUUCAAUCUAAAUGUUACUAAUGAUACUCAAAAAAUGUUUCAAAAUUUGGCUGAAUAUCUGAAAUUUUGCAGCUUCCAACCGUAUGUUGAUGAAUCAAGAAAAAGGCGAAAAUUGGAGCGAGAAAUGAUGAGUUUACAAGCAAAUCAGAAGGAAAGAGAAGAUGUGAGUUCCAGUUUUUUGGCUUGAAAUUUGGCUGGAAUUAUCUGAAAAUUAGCAUUCUCAAUUUAAAAUUGUCUUAAUUGAUAAAAAUGCGGAGAUCCUCAAAAAUACUUGAAUUUUCAGCUUGACGCCGAUGAAACGACAGCACUUUAUAUUCCAGAAGAUAAAGGAUCUGGAACACAUAUUAGGGUGAGUUUGUUUUUUUUUGAAUUUGGCGCCAAAAGGUGGUGCCACGUGGUUUUUCAAAGUUUAUUAAUUGUCUUUUAAUUACAGAUGAAACAAUUAAAAUUAUCGGAUAGUCAAUCAGUUGGAACAUCACUAUCAUUACAAGGUGAUAUUUCAAUAAGAGAAAAUAUGACAGCCGAUGGAUCCACGUGUAAUUUAUUCGAAUCUAGUUUCGGUGAGUGACAUUUUUUGAGAGGACUUUGGGUUCGAAAUUUUGGGAAAAAAAUGUUAUAGAAAUGGAUUUUUCGAUAUUUUCAAAAAAUUUCACCUGAAAAUAUAGAAAAUUGGGAUUCUCAAAAAUGAUUUGAAGCUGAAAAAUAAGUUUCAAAAGUUUUUCAUUUUUACUCAAUUUUUCCACCGAAAAAAUCUGAAUUUUUCUUCAAAAAAAUUCCUCGAAAAAAUAGGUUUCAAUAAAAUUUGAAAUUUCUUGGUGAUAAUUUCAGACUUGGUGCUUUUAUCUUCUCCUUCAAAAUAGUUAAUAUAUUUCAUUUGAAAAAUAAGAUUUAUCCUAUUUUUGAAUUGAAAUAUUGGUUUUUUAUUGAAUAAUCACUAGAUGAAUUUUCAUCAUUUUUCACAAGAAAACCUUCAAAUUUUCCCAAAAACUGUAAUUUUUAGCUAGAGGGUUUUUGAGUUUUUUAUUGUAAAAUCACUAGAAAUUUUUUCUGCUCUCAAAAAAUCGCAAAAUUAAUUUUGCAGGAACACCUCGAAUACAAUCACCAAAUGAUUCUUCAAUAGAUGAAUGUGGACAUCGAAUGAUGUCAUAUGAAGAAAGUGUUGAAGAAGCAUUGAGAGAAGCAAAUACACCAACUACUGAAUUGCCACAGGAAUCUGGUCAGUUUUUUUGGGAGAAUUUUUGAAAAGAAGGGAAAAUUUUGAAGAUUUUUGAUAGUAAAUGCGACAAACCUUAAUUGCUGAAAAUGAAACUAAAUUUUGAAAACUCAUGAAAAUCAUUUUUCCAUUUUCUAGUUUAACAUUUGUAAGUUCACAAAAUUAUUAUUGCAAAAAAUAUUUCCAAAAUAUAUCAAAUUUUUGAAACAGUGAUUUUUUUAGAAACAAAAAUUGUCUGAAAUGUUGACAAAAAAAUUAUCUUCAAAUUUUUUUGAUUAGAAUUUGAAAUUUAAGCCUCUGUGUAAACAAACCAAUUUCUAUUGAUUUUCUGGAAUUUCAGAUUUUUGAUUUUCAAAAAGUCUGAACACAACCUAAUUUGUUUUUGAAAAAUUCAAUUAGAGACUGUUUUUUUGGAUAAAGUUUCUUUUUCAGAAUUGAACUUUUCUCAUUGCAAAAAAUCCAGGAAAAUUAAAAUGCUGAACAUGAUUUGUUGGAAAUUUUUUUAAUAGUGUUUUUUUUCAAAAAAAAAACUAAUAAACAACAUUUUUCUCAUAAAACAAAGUGCUUUAUCUCAUUAAUUUUUCCUGAGAUAAAACAGAUUCUAUGAUUUUGGUGGCCUAGAAAUCCGAAAUAAUGACCUGAAAUUACUUUUAUUUAAAGACAUAAAAACAAUGUGAAUUUUGAAAUCUCAAAUAUUACUUUUGAAAAUUGUGUACCUCUAAAAUUAGCUUGAAACUUUUAUUUUUCCAGUUGCAAUCACAAUGUUAAAUGGAACUUCGCCUAACUCAUCUUCAACAGUCACAAAUUCUACUUCAAAUUCAAAUUCAACCACCAAAAAACCAAUGGGUUUCACAGACGCAGUUCGAAUUCACGAUAUCCUGGCACGAAAUAAUACCGUACACCUGCCUGUCUGA